AUGUAUUUCCAGCCUGAUUUGAUGUGUCAUGAUCGUGGAUAUUUGGUUACACAAGAAGAAUUAGAUCAAAAUUUAGAAAACUUCAAGGAAAUAUUUGGAGAUAAGCCGAGCGAACGACAUCCUUCCCGUAAUGAAUUAACAGUUUUAGUGGCACAUAAUGAUGAUCCCACUGAUCAGAUGUUCAUAUUCUUUCCGGAAGAUAGUAAAAUUGGAAUUAAAACUAUUAAGGCUAUUUGUCAACAAAUGCAAGAACAAGCAAUAACGCGAGCAAUUAUUGUCGUGCAAACUGGCAUGACUCCUUCAGCUAAACAAGCAAUAGCAGAUAUGGCACCAAAGUAUACGCUCGAACAAUUUUUAGAAGCCGAGCUAAUGGUUAAUAUAACUGAGCAUGAGUUAGUACCAGAACACGUCGUUAUGACAAAUGAAGAAAAAAACGAAUUACUCGCACGAUACAAACUUAAGGACACGCAGUUACCACGUAUUCAGCAGUGUGAUCCAGUUGCCAGAUAUUUUGGUUUACGUCGCGGACAAGUAGUGAAAAUUAUUCGUCCAUCUGAAACUGCUGGUAGAUAUAUAACUUAUCGUCUUGUUGUUUAA